CCCCAAAGAUCACCGAGAGGUCGCCAUGGCAACAUUCUCAGCCAUCCUGCUGUCGGUGCUGGCGCUGGUGACGGCUGCCCAAGAGAUUCAGACACUUCAAGAUCUAUCCAACACGCUGCUCCUCAACCAGCUGGCAAUGUCCAACAUGCUGGCUGAACGCGACUCCGGAACCAGAGUAAUAAGAGAGUGGCUGAAUGACCUGCAAUCAAACAUUACCUCCGAAAUAGCGGCUUUGCAGAACGUUGUUAAAGCUAAUGGUGUUCCCCAAGAUGCUGGUAAGGGGGUCGUGGAGUGCAUGGCACCGUUUGUGGACGUGUAUGGUCACUGUAUCUUGGUGGAGACGGCACUGACGGGAACUUGGGAAACAAUGAGACGUCACUGUCAGCAGAAGGGCGGCGAGAUUGUCAAGGUUGACUGUGGCACCUUCAUGUAUUACCUCGUCAGGUACCUUCACACUAACGGUCUGGCUAAGUUGUCUUACUGGGUCGGUGGGAGAGAUGAAGGCCACGAGGGAUCUUUCUUCUGGACUGAUGGUACCCAGGUCAAGAUGGGAACCCCCUUUUGGGGUGACGGCGUUAAUGACAAUAUUCAGGAGCCCGACGGAGGAAUCGAUCAAAACUGCAUGAUGAUGUACAAGGAAGAUCAUUAUUUUUUCUUCGAUUUUUUUUGCAAUGGCAGCCGUGCAGUUAUUUGUGAGAACCUGAAAUUGUCCUAGGAACAAUACCUGCCUUCUGUCUUUGAAGUAUCAGGUGCUUUAUGUUCUUGGAGUAUCACCUGCCUCCAGACCUUGGAGGAGCACUUGCCUCCUGACUUUGGAAAAACUAAAUACUAUUUCUAAUGAACUCCUUGUAACUUACUUUACCCUUUAAAUGUCAACCUAUGUCUUGCUAUUUUCAAACUAUACUCUUUGUUGGCCAAGUUGUAUAAUUGCUGAUUUCUGCCAUGUUCCCCACUCCUCCCUUUUUUCCUUAUUUCAACACAAUUUAUACUUUAAUCUCAGUUAGUAUUAAUCUUUAGUCUAAGGGGUUUUUCUCCCCACACUUUGCCGGAAACGUUGUAUUAGUUACUUUAGGUAUUAUAUGUACUAACUCUAUCUAUAAAUCAAACAUUAUGUUUGUAACUCAUCUUCUAUGUAUGUAUUUUUUCCUGAAUAAACAUUUUGAUUUUGA